UCUACCUGUCUACCUGUCUACCUGUCUACCUGUCUACCUGUCCGAAUCCAACCGCCACCGCAUCCAUGCCAUGAGAAUCCAGGAAACGCUGAGGAAGGCCAGGGACAAAGAGUCCUUCAACUGGAACAUUAAAGUGCCUAGCAACAUAGUGGAUUGGCAGCAGCAGCCACGGGGGCAGUACCAGAGAUUCCACCCCAUCCAUAACUUCCAUCUGCAGCAGGCGCUGGAGAGGAAGCAGCCCCGUGUGGAGGUCUCUGUCCGGGGGAAAAUGUGCAAGUUCACCCUGCCUGACAGGGCUGCUAACAAGACAAGUGGAAACAUCCUCAAAAGCAGACAAAUCGACAAGUUAGCAGCUCAACCUAUUGAGAGUCUCCCUCAGCAUUGGGAUGCCAUGCCAGCCAACACGUCCUGCCUGUCCUGCCUCAUCCAGCCAGGAAGCCCAGAGCACAAUAAAGUUUUAAACCUGUUCCGAGCCACCUGCCCCAACAAAGUUAUAAAGAUUGAGAGGAUCCAGAACCCAACCCUGUGGAGGAGUCUCCAGAUCAAGAAACAUGACAUGGAGCUCAGGAACGGUCACCAGAAGAAUGAGAAGAGGCUCUUCCAUGGAACAUGCCACACAACCAUCAAUCACAUCAACAACCAUGGCUUCAAUCGGAGCUUUGCUGGGAAAAAUGCUACAGCAUUUGGAAACGGCACCUACUUUGCUGUUGGUGCCAGCUACUCUGCCAGUAGCACAUACUCAAGAGCGGAUCUCCAAGGGCAGAAGAAUAUGUACCUAUGUCGAGUUCUGACUGGAGAUUUCACAGCAGGACGACGUGGGAUGACAGUGCCUCCAGCUAAAAGCACCACGACUGUUGAACUCUUCAACAGCGUGACAGACCACCCAUCAAGGCCAUCUAUGUUUGUUGUUUUCCAUGACAAUCAGGCAUAUCCUGAGUACUUGAUCACUUUCUUCUAGACCCUGCGGAGAAAAGCAAAGAAAUCAAUGCUCUUACUAAACUUUCAAAAGUCUUCCUUAUGAUUAUGACUAUGUCCCUUAUAAACUGUUAUACACAACUUUUAUUGAAGAAAUGAAAAUGACUGAUGUCACUUCUGCAUGGAAAAGUGUAACCAUUACAGGUUAUAAUGUAACCCGGUUCAAUCUAACCCUAGCCUGAACCACAACC